AAGUGAGGAUAUAACUGCUCAUGCAGAGACAGCGCUUAUACUACAGUCCAGAGCAGCAGCUGCAAAGACUAGAGUUACUUCUGUGCAGAGCAUCAGUGAUUAAUCUGCAAAAAUGUCCGACAAACCAGAUAUGGCUGAAAUUGAGAAAUUUGACAAGACUAAAUUGAAGAAAACAGAAACGCAAGAGAAAAAUCCACUGCCUUCAAAAGAAACAAUUGAACAGGAGAAGCAAGCGGGUGAAUCGUAAUGAAAUCUGCCCUUCCAAAUUAUGCACUGUACAUUCCACAAGCAUUGCCUUCUUAUUUUACUUCUUUUAGCUGUUUAACUUUGUAAGAUGCAAAGAGGUUGGAUAAAGUUUAAAUGACUGUACUGCCCCUUUCACAUCAAAAAAUAGAGAGAACUACUGACACUGAAUGAAGGCGCGCUGCCUUUCCAUCUGCCUGUCUGGGUUUGGUCCUGGUGGCAUGAAAGAGCUUGCAUGUUGAUGAAAGAAGAACUUGGGUGGGACUACAGUAAACUAGUAACACACGAAUAAAUGCAAAGCUGUACCAAGGUCCUGCGAGCUGUAAAAUGCAGUUAAUCGAGUGCCAUUUUUUUUUUUUGUUCAAAUGAUUUUAAUUAUUGGAAUGCACAAUUUUUUUAAUAUGCAAAUAAAAUGUUUUAAAACCUGGAUGGUAUUGAUGUGCUAUCUUUUGGACAGUGAUAUCACAGGAUGAAGCGUAAGUGCCUGUGUUAACAUGUGGGAUGCUCGAAGACCUUUGGAGAUUAUUUAAAAAAAAAAAAAAAAAAAGACCAUGUUUUUGGCUCUUGAUAUAUGUUCUUGCCAAUUUCAGUCCUAUAACACUUAAAAUAGAUUUCUUUCAUUCCUAUUUAUAUGCAUCACAGAUAACUUUGUUUGCUUUCCUGUAAAUAUGCUUUGUUCUAAUAUUUAUUUUUCAAACUUGAGAUAAAUCAGCAUUUUUGUAUUUUUUUUAAAAAACAUUUCCUUUUAUAGAAACCAUUCUGUAUCUUCACCCUUGAACUGCACUUUCUUCCUGCAAAUAUGUAAUUAAUCUGCAUUCAGUUUAGUAGGCCAUUCAAUAAUAAACUGAACCUUAAAUUUUUAGAAUAAAUACAUGAAGACAGCAA